AUGCAUCAUGCAAUGGUCAUCUCGAUGGUGUUCGGUUUCUCGCUGGUUAAUGGAGGCGGUAAGGACAGCCAAAAACCUCUUCACUGUGCAUCACGCAAUGGUCAUCUUGAUGUAGUUCAGUACCUCGUUGAUUGCGGAGAACGAAUUGAUUUGCUAUGUUUGGAUGGUCAGACACCUCUUCACUGUGCAUCACGCAAUGGUCACCGCGACGUAGUUCAGUUUCUCGUUGGUCAAGGAGCACUGAUUAAUAUCCUUGAUAUUAAAGGCCAGACACCUCUUCACUGGGCAGCAUACUAUGGUCAUCAUCGGGUAGUUUGGAGCCUCGUCAACAACGGAGCACUGAUUAGUAAGCGUGAUAAACAUCAUCGGACACCUCUUUACUAUGCAUCACACAAUGGUCAUCUUGGUGUAGUUGAUUAUCUCCUUGGAAAAGGAGCCCAGUUCAAUAACAUUGGAACUUAUGGUGAAACACCUCUUCACUAUGAAUCACGUAAUGGUCAUCUUAAAGUAGUUGAGUAUCUCGUUGGUCGAGGAGCACAGGUUGAUAAGCGUGAUAAUGAUGGUGAGACACCUCUUCACUAUGCAUCAGGCAAUGGUCAUCUUAAAGUAGUUGAGUAUCUUGUUGGUCGAGGAGCACAGGUUGAUAAGCGUGAUAAUGAUGGUGAGACACCUCUCCACUAUGCAUUACACAAUGGUCAUCUUAAAGUAGUUGAGUAUCUCGUUGGUCGAGGAGCACAGGUUGAUAAGCGUGAUAAUGAUGGUGAGACACCUCUCCACUAUGCAUCACGUAAUGGUCAUCUUAAAGUAGUUGAGUAUCUCGUUGGUCGAGGAGCACAGGUUGAUAAGCGUGAUAAUGAUGGUGAGACACCUCUUCACUAUGCAUCAGGCAAAGGUCAUCUUAAAGUAGUUGAGUAUCUCGUUGGUCGAGGAGCACAGGUUGAUAAGCGUGAUAAUGAUGGUGAAACACCUCUUCACUAUGAAUCACGUAAUGGUCAUCUUAAAGUAGUUGAGUAUCUCGUUGGUCGAGGAGCACAGGUUGAUAAGCGUGAUAAUGAUGGUGAGACACCUCUUCACUAUGCAUCAGGCAAUGGUCAUCUUAAAGUAGUUGAGUAUCUCGUUGGUCGAGGAGCACAGGUUGAUAAGCGUGAUAAUGAUGGUGAGACACCUCUCCACUAUGCAUUACACAAUGGUCAUCUUAAAGUAGUUGAGUAUCUCGUUGGUCGAGGAGCACAGGUUGAUAAGCGUGAUAAUGAUGGUGAGACAUCUCUUCACUAUGCAUCACGCAAUGGUCAUCUUGUUGUAGUUCAGUACCUCGUCGGUGAAAGAGCACAGGUCUUGAUUGUUGAUUAG